CCAUUAAUAAAAAGGAACCCCUGUCAGAGGAGAAGCCUUUCCCACUACUUCCCUCUUCAUCACUCAGCCCAUUAUUAGGGUUUAUCUCCGACCCUGCCUCUCCGGAGGAAUAGGGGAAGAGAAGAAAUGGCUCGCCCGGCCGCGGGGCUGCUGCUGGCAGCGGCGGUCAUUUUUGCGGCAGCGCUGUCGGCGUCGAUCGCGACGACUGCUCCGGGCCCCCACAUAGCAGACUUGAACAUUCUUCUGCCUCCUCGUAUGACGAACCCUGUUGGGUACCGACUGCAGGGAAGCGAUGGCUGCUUCUCCUGGUCGUGGGAUCAUCAUGACAUUCUAUCUGUUCAACCAGAAUAUAAUGUCAGUAGUCGGUGCUCAACUAGUGCUCGGUUAAUAUCGAUUGCUCCUUAUAGCGGUCGAAAAGAGACUUCUGUUUAUGCUACAGACCUCCACACUGGAGCUACAAUACGGUGUAAAGUUUUCAUUGAUAAGAUCUCACGGAUCCAAAUAUUCCAUCAUGCUGUUAAAAUUGAUCUAGACGAACUGGCUACACUGCGUAUUCGUGGCUUUGAUAUUGAAGAUAAUGUAUUCUCAUCAUUGGUAGGCUUACAGUUCUUGUGGAAACUUGUGCCGAAAUCUUCUGUAGCAAGCAAUAUUCAUCAUCUCGUGCACGUUCCAUUGAAGGAAACUCCACUAAGUGAUUGUGGUGGUUUUUGUGGUGAUCUAGAUACACAAAUAGAGCUUGAAGAUAAAGGUGUGGGUUCAGAUUUAUAUGUUGUGAAAGGAAUCGAAAUCGGCCAUGAGGUUGUUAGUGCCCAAUUGCUUGAGCCGCAACUUCAGCAUGUGGCAGACACUAUCACUUUGACUGUUGCUGAAGCUAUGUCACUGGAUCCCCCAUCACCAGUCUAUGUUACUAUUGGUGCUUUUGUACACUACAAGCUUAGGAUUAUUCGUCUAAAUACUGUUAAAGUGAUUGAUUUGCCGUCUCGACAUCAUCGGUGGUAUGUGACAAACUCUUCAGUGGCAUGGAUAGAUGGUGUGAUGGGCACCACUCAUGCCUUGAAUCUUGGAUUCACAGAUAUUAUUGUUGAGGAUAUCAGAGUCUCUGGUCACAUACAGACAUCUUCCAUGCAUGUUGUUAUCCCACAUAAACUUAGCUUAUACCUGGUGCCUGUGACGAAUGCCUCCAUCCCUCUUCAAGGAAUAACACCUAUUCCCGCAUCAAAUAUUUGGUAUGUGUUUCCAGGGCAGGAAUACGCAAUUAGUGUGAAAGCUUUUGCUGAUGAAUCUGAUGCCAAUGAGAUACACAUCACAGAGAAUAAUAAUUUGAAACUGGAAAGCAGCACAAUUGAGUACUGGAUUUUAUCCCAAGUUUCGCAUGAUGUUGCCGUCACAUGUGACUGGAAGAAUUCUAGAUUGUUCACCCCCAUCUCGGAAGGAAAAGGAUUUCUUACAGCCUCUAUAACAUACCAAAAAGGAAAUACAUCAGAGGCUGAGGUUCUUAAGCAUGUGCAAGAAGUUAACGUGUGCAGAAAAGUGAAGUUAAUUAUUAAUGGACGGAAUGAAAGCUCAGAUAUUAUUCGUCUUCCUUGGGCCCCUGGAGUUUUUCAGGAACUUGAGCUAAAGGCAAUUGGAGGUUGUGGCAGAACAUUUGAAGAUUACAGGUGGUUUUCUUCUGAUACGGGAGUUAUUUACGUCUCUGCUUCUGGCAUUAUUCGUGCUAAAAGGCCUGGUCGAGCCACUGUCAAAGUGUUUUCAGCUUUUGAUUCUAUUAACUAUGAUGAGGUGGUAAUUGAAGUUUCAAUUCCUUCUUCUAUGGUUAUCCUGCCAAAGUAUCCUGUGGAGGCGAUUGUAGGAACUGAACUUCAAGCUGCUGUGACAUUAAAAACAUCCGAUGGAAGCUUCUAUAGUAGAUGCGAUGCUUUUUAUUCUUUUGUGAGGUGGAAAGUUUUAUCUGAGAAUGAAUCUUUCAAAAUCAUCAACAUGACAGGGAAGUUGUCAACUUUUAAUGCUGUCCAAAGUGCAAAAGGAGUUCAGACCUCACAUGCUUAUCCUUGUGCAUGGACGUACUUAAAUGCCACUUGUGCUGGUCGAGCUACAAUAGCUGCAACUUUGUCCUUUGAAUCACAAUCGUCGUUCGAGCCUUUUGAUAAACCUAUUAUUCUGAAAGCAUCUUCAACAAUAUCUGCAUAUUAUCCCCUUUUAGUUUUUCAGGCAGAGACAGGGGAUAAGAUUGGUGGCUACUGGGUCGACUUAACUAGAUUACAAACUGGGCUUCAGGAUUUAGAUAGCACAGGUUUGGAUGAGCUAUAUCUUGUUCCAGGGUCAUCAAUGGAUAUUCUGUUACUUGGAGGGCCCGAGCGUUGGGGCCAAAAGGUUGAAUAUGUUGAAACUGUCGAUGUUCUAGAUGAACCUGGUGGAUCAAUAACCAGUUCUGUUGUUGUUCAAAGCUCACCUUCAGCUAAGGAGAGUCUGUACAGAGUUUCUUGCCAAUUAAGGGGGAAAUCUAAACUGCUUUUUUCGCGUGGAAAUUUGGUUGGCAUCGAUCAUCCAAUGCCUGCUGUUGCAAGUGUGCAAUUGGUUGUUAUCUGCGAUUUUCCUUCAUCGAUCACACUAAUUGCUAACGAACCUGCAAACACUCUUGACGCUAUACAAACUGCAAACAAAGUUGAUCGUGGUGCUAGAAGACUUUGGGCUUCUCCUAUCAUUGUUUCCAAUGGACGUACCAUGCGUGUAGCUGCUGUUGGAAUCCAUGCAACCGAAAGAGCUUUUGCUAACUCAUCAUCCCUUUGCUUAAGGUGGGAACUUACUGGUUGUGAAGGACUGGCUUAUUGGAGUGACAUGAAUAGUGUUGAAAGAUUUGAAGCGGCAAUGUGGGAGAGGUUUCUGGUUCUGCUUAAUGCUUCAGGACUGUGUACUGUUCGUGCUACAGUGACUGGUUUUUCUCAGACAAAUUCUGAUCUUUAUGAGAAAGCAUAUUCAUUGCAUGAAGGUGCAGAAGAUGUACUCACAGAUGCUUUUAGAUUACAGAUGGUUUCUUCUUUAAGAGUUAUACCAGAGUCCGUUCUGUUGGUUUUUAAUCCUGAAGCAAAGGUUAAUUUAUCAGUUGCUGGUGGGACUUGCUUCCUCAAAGCGGUUAUAAAUGAUACACAAGUGGCUCAUAUAAUUCAGCAUCCUGAAAAUGUGCUAUGUUCGUAUUUAAUUGUUGGCGUUAAAGGCUUGGGGACUGCUCUAUUAACUGUCCACGACAUUGGACUUUCUCCUCCAGCUGCUGCUUCUUCUUUGGUUAGAGUUGCAAAUAUUGAUUGGAUUAAGUUAAUUGCUGAAGAAGAGAUAAGCCUUAUGGAAGGGGCCACAAGAUCUUUUGACAUUCUAGCAGGUACACAAGAUGGAAAUGUCUUUGAGUUUUCACAGUAUAUGUACAUGAACAUUGAAGUGCAUAUUGAGGAUGAGGUAAUUGUGCUUAUCACUGAGAAUGAUUAUUCAAGAGCUGGUGGUUGGGUACUAAAUGAACCUAAGUUUUCAAUUAGAGCUGCCCAUCUUGGAGUUACAUCCCUUUAUGUUAGUGCAAGACAACAAUAUGGACGCAAAAUUUUAAGCCAAGUUAUUAAGGUUGAAGUCUACGAGCCAUUACGUGUGCAUCCUGAUUAUAUAUACCUUGUACCUGCUGCCUCUUAUGUGGUUACCUUUAAAGGUGGUCCAAAAGUUGGAGCUUCAGUUGAGUUCAUAAGCACGGAUGAAGAAAUUGCGACUAUUCACAAAGAGACAGGAAAGCUUCUCGCCAGUUCCAUAGGAAAUGCUACGGUUCGUGCUGCAGUUUAUGCAAAUGGGGGUACUCUUCUCUGUGAAGCCUUUGGAAGAGUUGAAGUUGGGAUUCCACCAGCUAUGACUUUGAGCACUCAGAGCACCCAGCUUUGUGUUGGUUGUAGUAUGCCAAUAUUUCCAUCAUUUCCAGAGGGCGACUUAUUCUCCUUCUAUGAGAUUUGUCAAGGUUACUUUUGGACCACAGAGAAUGACAAGGUAGUGAAUUUCCAUGUGAAUAAAGAAUUACCUUGUGAAGCCAAAGAACUUCCAUGCUUUUCCAGUAACAGUGACAAGGGAUAUAUCAACGUACUGAUUGGGAGGUCGGCCGGCAAAACAAGAGUUUCUAUUUCUGUAUCUUGUGAUUUUGUUUUAACUGGUGAUCCUCAGCGUGUAACCUACAAUGCUUCGAAGUCUGUUACCGUGGUAGCAGAUCCUCCUCUUGCUCUAGGUUUGCCUAUAACUUGGGUGCUCCCGCCGUUUUAUACUACUUCAGAGCUUCUUCCUAGAUCGCCGGGAAUUGGACGGCCGAGCUCUCGUAAUAGUGAAAGUUCUAUCACUUAUUCUUUGCUGAGGUCGUGCGAUCAGCAUGACCUUCUAAAAUCGAAGGCUAUCACUAUCGACGGAAGUACAAUUAAAACAAGCGACAGCAAGAAUCUUGCUUGUAUCCAAGCAAAAGAUCAAUCAACUGGAAGAACAGAAAUAGCAUCCUGUGUAAGGGUUACUGAGGUGACACAAGUAAGGGCUGCUAUUGCAGAAUCUUCAUUCCAUGAAGCUUACCUUGCUGUUGGAGAUAAAAUUGACUUGAGUAUCAAGUAUUGCGAUGUUUUAGGUUAUAUGUUUUAUGAAGCAAAGGGGGUAGUUCCUGUGGAUGUUGAUACAAAUUAUCCUAAUAUUGUGUCUAUGAUCUUUCCAAAGGAUGAAAACAGUACCCAUGGUACAAACGAACAUGUCAUUCUGCAGGCUAGGAGCCCUGGUAGUGCUCUUGUACGGAUAUCGAUCGAUCAUAAUCCGAAGAAGGCAGACUUCAUCUUGGUAUCCGUUGGUGCUUUAAUCUAUCCUAGGAAUCCAGUCAUACAUGUUGGACACACUCUUAACUUUACUGUUGUUGGAGAUGGUGGCUACCUUUAUUUUGUAGGCAUGGAUGGGUUUGAAUCAGGUCGGUGGCAGAGUGGUAAUGAUAGUGUUCUUUCUGUAAAUGCAAUAACUGGAGAAGUUCAUGCUUGUGGUGAAGGGGUAGCUGAAGUCUUCUUCAAAAAGUCGAAUAUGAAACUGCAAACAACAGUUACUGUGCUGAAAGUGGACCAAAUAAUUGUUGAUGCUCCAUCUGAGAUCUUGACAAAUAUUCCAUAUCCAUCUGAAGGUUACAAGUUCCCCAUAAGAUUUAGUGAUUCCAUGGAGGGCAAGCAUAAGUUUGAAGCAGUUGGAAAACGUGUUGAAGCCUCUUUUGAUUGCAAGGUUGCACCACCAUUUAUUGGCUAUGCUAAGCCGUGGAGUGAUCAUGUUACAAAGAAAUCGUAUUGUGUUUUCUUUCCGUAUUCUCCUAGACAGCUGCUGAGUUUAAUGCCAAAGUCAGAUGUGAAUUUAGAAAAGGACAGUGAAAGUGGAGUAAUGUAUGUUUCAAUAGUUGCGUCGUUGAGAGAAGACCCAAGUGUUAUGGGAUCUUCACGUGCUCCAUUUGUCGGAGGAUUUUCAAUUGCAGAAGGGAAGCUAAACAUAACACCUCACUCCAAUAAAAGUGUGUUGACAAUCAUUGGGAACACGGAUGUUGAGAUAUAUUGGAACACCAAGGAUCUAUUGUCGAUAAAACCUCUUAAAUCAAGUGGUGCUGGUGUUGGUAGCCGUGUUGAGUACCAGGUUGAAGUCCUUCAAAGACAACCCUUCACGGACAAAAUUUAUAUUGUGCUUCCUGAAACAGGUCAAACUGAGGAAGUAGAUGUAAGCUACGAAGCAGGCGAAAGAGAACAACCAGUUCGAGUGACUGGUAUCACAUGGCCUGCAAUCCUAAUCUGUGCGUUUGUGUUGGUACUCACAGUCCUCAUUUUCCUGAGGUUGCUUGACAAGCCCGAAAGAUCCACCGCAUCGACUCCCUCGUCAACUGUUGUUACCGGUCCUGCAACACCGCCCCGGAUCUCUGCUCCUGUUGACUCUAACUUGUCUCCUCGUACGCCGCAGCCUUUCAUAGAGUAUGUUAGGAGGACGAUCGAUGAAACUCCCUACUAUAGGCGCGGGGCGAGAAGAUACGAUCCCCAGUACACCUACUAACAACGCCUGCCGCGUCUUAAGGCUAGGGAAGGGUGCGUGAAAUGGCAAUUUUGUAGAAUGUAAUCAGAAGUAGGAUUGGAGAUUAAGAUGUAUCUUUGCUGUUUCAGAAACUCCGUUUCAGAGGAAAACAAAAAUCAGGAACCACAUGCUUAUCGUAGAACUGUAUGAAAGCACUGAUAGAGCAAAUUACUUGUAUUACUCGUGGCCAUUGUAAGUUGACUUCUCGAGUGCUCAAAUUCCUUUCUUUUGCAUAUAUAUAUAUGCACAAAAAAGAAAAAAAAAACCUUUGUUUUUUGUUGUUUCUCAGCUGUGUUGGCGUAUUUGUGAAAUCGUAUGAUACACAAUGUAAGAUUAAUGUAAAAUUUCAGAAAAAAUGUUUACUUGUUUUGUUCAUA